UCUUGACGCUCUAUAUAAUAUGAUUCACUAUUCUAUCUCUCUCUCUAUUUCCAUACUCGACUUCGAGAGUGAAACCCUAGCUAAAAUUUCCUUUUUUAUUUUCCAAAUUCAAUCUCUUCUGUAAAUCAACAAAGGAAAGAAACAUGAUGACGAUGAAGAACAUCGCGACUGCAACAGAGAAGGCUAGGGCUGGUAAUGACGGCUGCAAGUCUUUCGCAGCGAGGCCUGUCCAGGCGAAGAAGCAAUCGGCUCCACCAACGAAACUUCCUAAAAACCCUAAAUCAGUGAUUAAGAUAAAACUGAAGAAGCCUUGCAACUCUGUUUCAACGAUGCCUCUAGAGGUGACGAAGAAGAAGAAGCGGUCUAUUCUGGAAGUUUCUGGAACAAACCCUAAAGUUGUUGCAGCCGUGAAGAAGAACGACAAGGAAACAUUGGAGCUGUUCGACAUAGCCAAGAAAUCAGCGGAUGUGGCCAACGCAAAGGGACUUCUGGCGGCUAAAGCAGAGACAUCAAUCUGUGUGGAUACUCUCUCUUUGCUCAUCACUUUGCCAAUCAGCGCAACAGCUCCUGAAACGAGGAGGAUCAUGGAGAGGCUUGGGCAUCUCACAAGGCACAAGGACCGUAAAAUCUGCAAUUCCGCAUCGGCUCUUUUACACCACUGGAGCCAGAGCAUAAGAGAUCAACAACAAGCUCUCUAAAACUCAAGGAAAAAAGCACCAAGGAAAUUUGUGAUUUGAAAAAGUGUUGUUUCAUUGUUCUUGGCAAAUUAGAGUUGUGUAGUUACCACUUUAUAUUUCAACUACUCACAAGAUGAUAGUAAUGAUUCUUUCUGAAUGUAUAUUUUGUUGUUGUUACAGUACCAAGUUUUGUUUUGGUCUUCUGUUUAUGCGUGUCAGUGAUAUUGGAUUUUGAUAUAUAUAUUUGUUUUCACUUGUA